AUGAAUGUCGCAGAGACUAUCAAGAGCCUCCAGCCUCUAAACGGAAAGGUAGUUCCUAUUCGAACUGUCCAGGAGACACAGCCACCAGAGGAUUUCGGUGACGCCUACAUCGCGGAAGUCAAUAUCAAAGCCGCGUCUAAAGUAAUCAAAGCUCUUGAUUCCGCCUUCCCUCGCGAUCUUUCUAUCCCGCAAACACACUUGCGUCGUUUUGCCAAACGCGAAAUCCUACCCCCGCCAGUUCGAGCUGCCGUUGAGGCCGCGGGAUCAUAUUCAAAUGGUCCUGGCCAAACCAUAUUCGUUCUAAUCCCACCUCCUGUGCCUUCUAUUGAGGAGCUCCAGGCUCUGCUCGCUCCCUUUGCGGCCGUCACCCAUGGCUCCAUUACUCCAUCCACAACAGAUAUACCCUCGAAUACCUCAUCGCCUGAUCUGUCACUUCCAAAAGUUCUCCUGGUCUCUACACGAAUUCCUCUUCAACCCCCAUUCAACGCCCAACAAGCUGAGAAAUGGAGUAACACGCUAUGGCCGAUUGUCUUCAAUCCUGCUGCUCCGCGCUCUACAGUCGCACCGCCGCCUCAAACUCUCAAGACUGCACAAGAAUCUAUCAGACCACGUGCUGGGUAUUAUCUCUCCUUGGCGCGUAAAGUAGCUGAGGAAUCAGAAAAAUCGGGUCGUGGCCGGUCCAUCGGUGCUGUGAUUGUCGACCCGGCCAUUGAAGCCGAGCUCGAGGACGAAGCUUGGAAACUCGGCAACUCUAGCACAUAUCGGUGGGCGGAUGCGGUCAUUGCGGUGGCUGGUGAUGCUCGCUAUGGUCGUUCUGAAGCUGGUGCGCCUCCUUGGCAAGAGCUGCUUCACGGUACAGUGCCCGAUCCGGCCUUCGUUGCAGAUAUGGAGGGUGGACCGGAUCUCCAUGCGCUAAUGCGUGCCAUUGCAUUGGUUGCUCGACGACGCCGUGAAGACACGCUAAACGAGCUUGAGACUGCAAAUUUAUCCAAUUCUACAGCGGCGACUACAGACCCACAAUUAAUCCAAACGCUCAGUCCACUUGAAUCACACUUCCUUUAUGAAGUAGAUACCCUGUCCAACUCCGUUGCCCCGGCUAUUCAUGCAAACCUACCUCCCCUAUUACCAUCUCCAAAAAAGAGGAAGCACGAAGAGUCAAGUCCAGAGUCUGGUGAUCCAAAGCUUGGAUGUUCGCCUUCACAGCCCUUAUCCACUCUUGGCCCAGGUCCAAUUCCAUCCAAAAUUGCUACAUUGGCCGGUUCUACAAUCUCCCAUUUAUCUAAUGAUAAGUCUACCCGUGAAGAGCAUGCCUCUCCUUCUAACAUCCCUAUCAUGUCAACAAUAGCCUCGGUAGCCCCUAGAAUCCGCACCCGAUCCCAGGGUGGAUAUCUCUGCACAGACCUUGAUGUUUACAUUUCUCACGAGCCAUGCCUUUGCUGUUCAAUGGGCAUGUUACUCUCACGGUUUCGCGCUGUGGUUUUCCCGCGUGCAGGGCGCAUGAAGACUGGUGGACUUGCAUCUGAGCCUGUUGUGGCACUUGAUACCGAUCAUGAGCAUGAGGCGCAUGGUGACGAUCAGCCUGGUGGACAGGUUAGUCGUAGUUAUUAUGGCCUACACUGGCGAAAAGAGUUGAACUGGCGCGCUUUGGGUUUCGAAUUUGUGGAUGGCGAGAGUGAUGGAAAUGUUGAGACUGUGGAUUUCAAUGCUUGA